AUUUUCCCAGCACACCUUUUUGGCCCCCUGGUGGCAGGCGGCAAAUUCAACAAGCCAACUUUGUACAAGAUCCAACACUUCAGAUACUAAAAUUAAAAAUGCUCUGAGAUAUCAAACUAAAAUUGACACGUCUGGAUUUUGCAGAAUUUUUCCGAAAAUGAAACAGGAAUAACAUUUUCGAUUAGGUAGUCCAGUUUCACUUCCGUCUGAUGUCACGGCAGGAGGCGCGCGCCCGUCUUUCUCCUUACAUAGUACGUCCCCCCGUAGCACGAACAUUAAAGAGCAACACGUCGCGCGGCAAGUUCUACGUAAUGGCUACCAAUUGCUUCCUUAAUUAUUUUGAUGCAACUGAGACAGCCAUCUACUUUGAAGAGGCUGGAAUAGAUUUGAAUCAAGAUUCUUUCCAUAUCUCCAGCUUACCAGCUGGACAACAUUUGAUCCGAAGCAAGAACAACAAAUUCUUGAUUCUACAUGACAAACAGUUUCAAGAGCAAGACUUAACCAUAGAGCAGCAACGUUGUUCUGAGAGCAAAUUUGCCAUCAAGAUGUACCACAAAGGGCAGGAGGGAAGGCGGGGAAGGGCAGUCAUGCUAUAUGUCAAUAAGGAUGGCAAGAAGAUGAUGGUGUGCUGCAAUGAGAAACAUGAAAUCCAACCUGUGGAAAUGGAACUUCCAAAUAACAUUGAGGAGAAUUCACACAAGGCAGUGUUCUACCUGACGGAACUCUCAACAACUGAGUAUUUGUUUGAGUCCUCUUGCUUCCCAAGUGAAUACCUGGGACUGGAACCUGCUCUAAGCAAUCUGAGCAAGCUGGUUCUGCAUCCUAAAGAGGAACAAGAAGUGGUUGAAGUUUGCCAGUUUUAUUUUUCUUAAUGUAAUGAAUGAUUACAAAACUAGCUGCAGCACUGCUUGUCUACAUCUUUUUUCUUUCCUAUGUACAGUUCCUCAAUACUGGAUCAGUUCUCAGUUGAGUUCUCAGUUGAAGAAAUGAUUUUCCUUCCUUGUCAUUUAUUCAUUCAAAUGACUGAAAUUUAUAAUUACUUAUUAUGAACCAACAAUCUAUGCAACAUUAAGAAAUUGUUAAAACCCUACUUACUUUUAUGAUAUAAUAUAGCAUUUCAUCAUUCAUUUUCAUAGUUUUAUGGGAUACAUUUUUUAUUUCAUUACAGAUGUUUUUUUAUUUCAAAAUGUACUUUUUCAAGUGUUUUUAUAUUUCACUUUUUCUAUUGACACUUAUGUUGUGAUUCAUAUUCAUGAGAAUAAUGUGACACAAAGGUGUGUUAAAAAUAAAUUGUAGAUGUGAUCACAAUUCAAAACUGUGUGCGAGUCUGUUUUUGUAUUUUGGAGUAAUAGUAUCACUCAAUUAAAUGUGCAACAAUGCAGAUCAUUUGUGAUGUGAUCAUUUUUGGAAAGCUUCUGAUGUCACAUACCUUUUCCUGAUACUGUAUCCAUUGUAUACGAUGUUGGGUCAUAAAAUGUCAAAAUAAAACAUCUGUAAAGCCAA